AUGAGCAAUGGUCAUCUCAUGGGCGGCGGGGGACCGCAUCACGAUCAUCAUCAUUCUCAUCACCAUGGAUCACCCUUUGGCGGACUUCAUCAGCAUCAUCAUCAUUUAAGCAACAGCAAUAAUAAUAAUAAUAAUAACAGUAGUAACAACAAUAAUAAUAAUAAUAACAACAACGGCGGCAGCAAUAGCAACAACAACAGUAGCAGUAAUAACAAUAACAACAAUAGUAAUAAUAAUAACAAUAAUAAUAAUAAUAAUAAUAACAGUUGCGGAAGCGGUUUGAAAAUAUGCGGCGGGUGCGGAGGGAAAAUAGUCGAAAGGUUUUUAUUGCACGCGUUGGACAGAUAUUGGCAUAACGGGUGUUUAAAGUGUUCGUGCUGUCAUGCCAUGCUAGCGGAUAUAGGUUCGUCGUGUUUCACGAAAGCGGGAAUGAUACUCUGCAAAACCGACUAUGCCAGAUUGUUCGGUAAUACCGGAGCGUGUUCAGCUUGCGGACAAACGAUUCCGCCAAACGAAUUCGUUAUGAGAGCGGGAGCCGGAGCGCCGGGUCCUCAUCCGCAAAGUCAUCACGUUUUUCACCUCAAGUGCUUCGUAUGUUCGAAAUGUGGUACGCAGUUGGUACAAGGGGAUCGGUAUUACCUCUUGGCCGGAAGCUUGGUCUGCGAACAGGACUGGCACAAAUUGCUCAAAAGUACGGGAGUGCCGGGCGCGGGCGGAGCGACGACGGUUCGAAAGGGCAAAGUCGGGAGACCCAGAAGAAGUAGAGAUUGA